UAUUGGAAUAACCUAUUUAAGUCUAUUUAAGUCUACAGAUCUACUUAAAACACUGCAAUUUGUGAUCUACAUCGUUAAAAUGCCACAUUAAUACAACAACAUAAAAAAAUCAUAUCAUAAAAAUUAGAUUUUGUUUAGGUGUAAACAUCUGUCACCUUGGCCAGAAAAUGUAAGAUAAGCUUUAAUGUAAAAGAAAUUACAAGACUAGACGUUCGGAUUAACACUAAUAUCCAUGAUGAAAACACUUAUAUUAAUAUCUAUUCUCUUUGCAGGUGUUACGGCAAAAGAGUUUUGCAUAGAAAUGAGUGAAGCCUUAUGCCCUACAGCUCUGAAAGUGUAUCCCGUACUUAAUCCUGAUGUGGACCACUGCAAACGCUUGGUUCUAUUAGAAAAAUGUCAUUUUUUCCUGUCGAAAAGGUGUACAUCAUAUUUCUUCAAUAUAUAUAUGAAGACGUGCAAAAGUACUACAGCGGAAUCGGCACAGAACGGUGAUCGUCAGAUCUUCAUUAAAAGCCUAAACGCCUCAUUUCUUCUUAUACUUAUGCAAAUAUUGUGACGAAAUACGAAUUCAACUGAAGUUAUGUUUAAUGUAAGAGAACUUUAGAAUAUAUAUAUAUACAUAUAUA